AUGUCGGAGGAACCGUUCAGACCAGCGCUGAUCGUCGUUGACUUUCAAGAGGACUUUUGCCCACCUAAUGGUUCACUCGCCGUAGCCAACGGCCGCGAUAUUCAUCCCGUUGUCAACGCGCUACUGCGCCUACCAUUCACCAUCAAAAUUGCGACCAAGGACUGGCAUCCUCAAGGUCAUAUCUCGUUUGCAUCAAACCACAAGGGCAAGCAACCGUUUGUCGAUGCCAUCGACAUCGUCAACCCGCGAAACAGCGCCGAGACAUUCCACACGCGGCUAUGGCCAGUGCACUGCGUGCAGGGUACGCCCGGCGCGGCCCUGGUGCCGGAGCUAGAUGCCCCGGCCAUAGACACUAUCAUCGAAAAGGGGCAGAAUAAGGACGUUGAGAUGUACAGCGUUUUUUACGACCCUUUCCAGUCGCCCAGAGUGUCCGACAGCGGGCUUGCGGCCUCUCUUAAGGACAAGGGCGUCACGGACGUCUAUGUGGUUGGUCUGGCUGGCGAUUACUGCGUCAAGUGCACCGCGCUGGAUGCCCAGAAGGAGGGGUUCCGGACCUUCAUUGUGGAAGAGGGCACCAGGCCGGUGGAUGCUGAGAAAUGGGACGAGUGCAAGGGCGCCCUGGAGGCCAGCGGAGUGAAGAUUAUCAACAUGGAGGGCCCGGAGGUCCGUAGGGUUGGAGCGGCUGUACGGGGAUGA